GAGAGUCAACAUCGGAGAGCAUUUUUGUUCUCAUGUCAUUUCAUAAGUCAUAAAGUCAUUGCAAAAACAUAUUUGAAAAUUGAAUCUUUCAAUCAAGUGUUAAGUACAUGGAAUAUACACACAUUUUAAUUGAUAAACAUCGAGUGUAAACAUUAUUUACUUUUAAUAAAAAUAAAGCUAUUCGCUGAAUUGAAAAAAAAAAUUCUACCCACUAUUUUUUUCGAGUGUUUCAUUUCGAUAAUUUAAAAUCUUCAGGAAUCUUAACGACUAUUAUUUGGAAAUAAGUCAUCUUUGUGAAACAAUAAGAUAUAAAAUGAUAAAGACACAACAAAAUUUUAUGUCAAUUCGUGAAAUGGCCACAAGCUAUGAACCGCCGCCAAACCACAACGAACACGAUGUGAAGCCCAUUUUUGUGACUGAUUAUUAUGGUGAAGAUCUCGAUCGGGUGCACAUGGAUGUUGAUAUAAAACCGCAAAUGCCAAACUAUCAGUACGCGGACGAAAUGCAUUUUAAGCAAGAAAACAAUGUGAUUCGAUAUCCACCUUAUAUCAAUCCAAAAUAUAUUGUACAACCGGGCCCGUUUGAAAAUAAAUACCCUGUGUCCGCAUGUUUGCCGCCACCAAUUACAACACAAACAAUACAAUCGAUGCCAACAUCAACGAUUCGAUACAGUGGCGCAUUGGAGCAAAAAUUUACCACCACGAAUUUAACACAGUCCGUUCCUGUUCCACAAAUUAAUAGUGGUCAUAGUACAGCAUUGCGAUCGCCAACAACAAUGGAUUCAACAAUAUUGGUGUCAACCACAACAGUUUCGAAAGGUUCAAAUUCUGGUUCGAAUACAUCCACAGCAACGACAAAUACAAAAAAUGAAACAAAAAAAGGUGCCCGACGACCUGAAAAACCACCAAUCAGUUACAUCAAUUUAAUUGCCAAGGCAAUUCGAUCAUCACCAAAGAAUCAACUCACCCUCAACGAAAUUUACCAGUUCUUACAAAAUGAACAUUCCUUCUUCCGCAGCGAUUACGUUGGAUGGAAGAAUUCAGUGCGUCAUAAUUUAUCGCUGAAUGAAUGCUUUUUAAAAGUCAACAAAGACCAAAAUAGUGGAAUGGGGAAAUCUGGUAAAGGCCACUUUUGGACAAUCGAUCCGAAAUCAAAUCACGAAUUUCAAGAAGAAGGAAGCUUACGUCGACGCACUCGUGGUUUUCGUCGGCGCCAACAAAACACAAAACCAUAUUCCCAAUCCUACAGCCAUUAUCCUGUAUAUGGCGACUCUUUUGCUACUCACACGCGAUCUGAUGAUCGAAAUGAAUAUUCGAAUACAAGCUACUAUCCCGAUCAAUACACACCGUAUCAUCCCACAACAUAUUCAACGCAUGCGGCUGACACCUAUGCUUAUCAUCCUUCUGACGCCACCGGAGCUGGAAUUCAUAAUUUGCCCGCUCCUCGAUACGCAUUCGAUCCAGCAUUUUCUCCGGCAGCACCGAUUCCGAGCAACGUAAUUUACGAUCAAAAGUAUAUUACCACACCUUUGUACAACGAAAGUGCUAAAUAUCCAAAUUAAUGCAAUCGACCAAAAAUUAGAAGAAUAAGUUUAUAAAAGAAAUUAGCAAAUUAAGGAUCUUGAAUCAGGUCGCGAUGAACCAAUAAAACAAACUGAAUCAACGAUAAUUCAUACAUAAAAUCCUCAAAGAAAUUUUAUACCAAAAGCAACGCACAAUUAAGUAUCAUAAUAAAUAUGUUAAGGUCAAUCAAAAUGAAAACCAAAAAGUAGCCAUUCGA